UCCUUGCUCUAGUCGCUAUUUCGGGCGUCCCCACGUUCGAUGGCUUUGUUUACAGUCGGUGCUCGAACGCCAGAAAGUUUUGAACGGGAUCGGGUGUGAUAUUAUGAUCGUCAGUAUUCGGUGCUUUUCGAAUUGAACUUUUUUUUUUUGAGUAGUUUCGUUGUCGCGGGAACAAGGUUUGACAGGUGACAGCGUAGCUCGUAUAGGGGAUGCUGAGACGUGUGGAAGUGAGAUCCAUACCCAAGCGAUGAAACUUCAAGUCUAGUCUAUUAGAAAACCAGUGCCAAAAAUAAGGAACGAUGGUGUCUAAAAGUGACUAUAACCUUCUACAGUCCAUAUUGGACAUAGUCGGUUUCAUAAUAAUAGCUAUAGGUAUGAUAGUACAAAGCAUAGUGCGCGCUUGUCUUCCCAAAUCCUACAGGAAAUUCAAGGAACUCAGUGGACAAAAUGUGUUGAUAACUGGAGGUGGUGGUGGUUUGGGCAGGUUGCUAGCCUUAAGGAUAGCCAAUCAAGGAGCUAAAGUGAUGGUUUGGGACGUUAAUGAAGAAGGUAUACAAGAAACCUUGAAACAAGUGAAGGCUCAAGGAGGCGUAAUCCACGGCCUCAAAUGUGACCUGUCCCAAAGCGAUGACGUUUACAGGGUGGCCAAAUUAACAAGAGAACAGUUUGGAGAUAUUGACAUCCUGAUCAACAAUGCAGGAGUUUUAUCUGGUAAAUACCUUUUGGACACACCUGAUCGUCUAAUCAAAUUGACCUUUGACGUCAACAUCAUAGCACAUUUCUGGACGGUCAAAGCCUUCCUCCCAGCUAUGGUCUCUAAAAACAAUGGCCACAUCAUCACAAUAGCUUCUAUGGCAGGCCAUGUAGGUGUCAGCAAACUGGUGGACUACUGUUCUUCCAAAUACGCCGCUGUUGGUUUUGACGAGGCCUUAAGGAUGGAACUAGAGGACCAAGGUGUGACUGGAGUGAAGACAACAGCAGUUUGUCCUUAUUUCAUACAAUCUACUGGGAUGUUUGGCAACGUUCAUUCGAGGUUCUUGUCGACAUUAAAACUGUCAGAUGUAGCUGACAGGAUAGUGGAGGGCAUUCGAAGAGAAGAAGAGGUUGUUAUGAUUCCAUCAGCUUUGAGAUGGACGAUACUGUUGAAAAUAUUGAUGCCUUGGCCAGUAGUGUCAAUGUUCAUGAGAGGCCUUGUACCUGAUGCAGCACCAGAAGAACCUAGCAACAAACUGAACAAUAACAUGGUGAAACCAAUAUCCAAAGAGGCUGUGAAUGUGAAAAAUGACUAGAUAUAUGUGAAUAGUUUGUUAGUGAGUGAGUUUGGAAGGUAUUUUUGUAAUUUUUUAAAACAAAACUAUCGGCAAUAAGAUUCAAAAUAUGUAAUUAAGUUUUAUGAACCAGUUUUAACCUGAUAAUGUUAAGGAAAUAAUAAAUUUAUUAUUCUACUGAA